AUGUUACUAAAGUCGUCUCUAGUGCUAACAGCUAGUGCAAGUCACUUCCGAUCCGGGAGUUUUCAGUUCUCACAAAAGGAUGAUUCCGAGUUGGUCCUAUCGAGAACUUUGAAUUACCGACGAGGAUUUUCCGGCUACGAUCCGGCUUGCAACUUCUGGCACGUGAGAAAGGGAAAACAAUCGUCGACGAUGGAAUACGAGCACUCCAUUAUCACCUCUACAAAUACAACUGUAUCUAUCCAGAAUGCUACUUACGUCGUAACAGAUAUAGAAAAUCAGGGGCAUCUCAACUCGCAGUGGUGUUAUGGUACGAUCGAUGAGCCUAUUCCGAAGCCAGCUGAAUCGUUCGAGUACUACUUCCAAAACUGUUGCUGGGUCGACUUGAAGGAUGACAAAGGAGAAGUUAUCGAAGACGGCCCAUUCAAGCUCUACGCAAGAUAUUACGAUACAGAAAACAAUUCUCCACAGGUCAAGGUUCCCCCAAUCUGGCGAGUCAUGACCGGCUGCCCAAAUCAAUCACUGGCGCUGAAUCCGGAGGACAAAGACAAUGACACGAUUCGAUGCAGAUGGAGUACUGAGGCCGAGGCAAAAAGUGCAAAUUACUUCAAAGGAGACUACACUUCCUUGAGUCUUGAUGAGGAAACAUGCGUCCUCAACUAUGAUGGAACAAUUGACACAACCACAUCCGGAGUAAAACCAAUCGCGAUCCAGGUCGAGGAUUUCGACGAAAACGAAAAUAUCAAGUCUUCGAUCCCAGUUCAAUUUCUUGCUUCAGUCUGGGAGCCUCAAUAUUCAGGAAGCUACGUCGAAGUGACUGGUCGAUCGAUGGGAAUUUUUGACGAAGAAAUUGAACAAUCAGAAGCAUUUUUCUGGGGCGAUGUUUUCCACGGCCAUGAUGAUCACCACGAGUUGGUGAGAGAGCGACGAGAGGUCCCAGGAAUAAAUCCUGAUACCGGCAAUUUCUACUACUGCGACGAGCCUCCACAGCUCAUUCCACCAUCGCCAGAAGCAGGAGCGCAGAUCAACGUCACCGGAACGGUCAAAAUCGACGUGCGAGCAUUUUACUACCAAGAUCUUGAACCAAAGUACGAUCUGAGCCGUUUCCAGUUCAACUCGCCGCAAGGAAUGGUCUGCACUGAUAUUGACAAAACAACUGGACGUGCUUCAUGUACCUGGACUCCAACACUGAAACAGCGAGAGCAAAAACUUCAUGGCUUCUGUUUCUUGGCGAUUGACAAAGCUGGUAGACAAACUGAACGAAGAUGCAUUUCUCUAAAGAUGUCCGAUUACGUCGAUGAUGUUUUCAGUAUGUUGAAUCUCAUCGCCCCGGAAUUCGGUCAUCGAGAACUGACUGAUUACGGCUGUGCUGGGCGAAAUCUUCUCGAUCCUUUCCAUAGCAAUAUUGGAAAACCAGUUGAUCUCACUGACAAGGCUCUCUCUAGAUGGAAAACAUGCAUAAGAUGCGCAAAGGAUGUCGAUCUGACUAGCCUGUCCGAAGUAGGGGACCUUGAACUGCCCAAAUAUUUCUACGACGUAGAUACACAGACCUGCGCAAACGACGUCGGCACACUGGAGCGCUCCAUUUGCGAGUGCGAUAAGAAGCUCGCUAACACUUUGAAAAAUUUUACAAUUAGGCCCAAGUACCAAAAUUAUAGAGACACAAGGUGCGAGAGGCGUAAUGCCACAGAGUUUCCCGAGGAUCCUCAUUGUUGCGGCGAUCACGAUGGAUUCUACAAGAUGUACUACGCUUCGAAGAAUUGCUGCGAAGAAGAUGGGACAAUCCGAUCGAAUGGAGAGUGCAUGACUGAUGGAGGAAUUACAUAUCAAGCUAAGAUUCAAAUCUUCCGGCCUGAGUUCGUCCAGACCGACAAAAACAACGGAAAAGAAACAUCAAGCUCAACUUCAACAGAUUCCGGAUCGACAAAUGGAGAGGCUACAGGAACUGGAACAGGAAGCAGUUCCGGUGGAUCGAAACCAAACAAAUGGGCCGAAGAAGCAAAUGAACUAGAGGGCAAUUUGUAA